AAUCAUCACGUGGGUUGGUGAUGUCACGAGGUGGUUAAUUUAAUGUGGCCCUAAUGUUACCAGCUCAAACUAGUUUUUGAGAAACAAAGGGGAGGGCGACAAAUAAGAGCAAGCGGGCCGGGCUAGAGGUAUUGGAGGACUGUAAAAAAUCUAUUGUGACUCAAAGUAAGACCAUAAACUCUCGCCAAGAAGUACGAUCAAAGAAACAAUAUGCGGGGUUUGUUCUCAACAGCUGUGGUGCUUAUGGUGGCCUUGAUGAUAGUCACCACUGAAGCAGGUAAAAACAAGAAAGAGAAGGGGAAAGGGGCCAAGGGUGGUGCCUCUGACUGUGCUGAGUGGCGCUAUGCUAGCUGUGUGCCUAACAACGGAGACUGUGGAGUCGGUGUCAGAGAGGGCACCUGCAACGACCAGAUGAGAAAACUGAAAUGCAAAGUGCCUUGCAACUGGAAGAAGGAGUUCGGCGCUGACUGCAAGUAUAAGUUUGGCAGCUGGGGUGAGUGUGACACAGCUACUGGAUCCAAGAACCGGUCUGGAACCCUGAAAAAGGCCCUGUACAACGCAGAGUGCCAACCCACCAUCAAGGUGUCUAAGCCAUGCCCCGCAAAGACCAAGACAAAGGCCAAAGGAAAGAAGGGAAGAGGGAAGGAGAACUAAAAAGGUGGAUGAGUCCACAUUGAACAAGUGAUUGGUUUGAUUUUUAUUACGCAAUAUCCUUUGCUUUUUCAACAAACAUAAUAGGCACAAGUGAAUUAUGAGAUGUCAAAUGGGCCUUUCCUUCAAAUACAGUAUAACAAACGCUAAAUGUCUCUGAAUAUUGACCAAAUAUGUAGACAAACACAAUUCUUUUCACAUAUUUCCAGCUGUCGGUGGCCUGGCAACUUAGCCCGCUUGUGUUCUGAUAUUUCCAUAAUGUUAGUAAGAUUCCAGUUCUGGACAUGCUGUAUUAUGCAAGAAACAAAUACUUUGACCUCACCAGUGUUCUUGGUCUGCCUAACCCUUGUGAUGUGUAAUGUUUUCCAGAGUUUGUUGUAUUUUUUUCACCUUUUACAUUAGUUCAACUGGAGUCAAGACCAAGCUCCUUGUUUGAGAUUGUUUCUUAACCAGUAGAUCAUUUAGUAAUAUGCUUGAGAUUUUUUUUUUUUCAAUUCAAAAUGUUCAUCUUACAUUGUUGUGAUUGUUAUAGUUUUCUCUUGACUACCAAUUAGUAUUACUAACAGAAUUGAUGAGUGGAUUUCAAUUGUGUGUGUGCCAAUUAGUAAAAGUAGAGAUGCAAAUCAACUAUUUUUCUAGUCAACUGAGGACCGUCAGCUCAACGUGUUUCAUGUACAAUACAAAGCUGAGCUUGAAUGCUCAUGAGAAUGCAGUCAUUGUCUUUGUGAAGAUAAUAGUGGUAUUGUUAAAACAAUUAGUUUUAUAAUAUAUAUACUUCAAAAGGUGUCAGGCGAUUUUGAGUUGAACUGCUGUGUUCAUAUUUUUGCAAACACACAUGCACACACCUUCGCACAGUUCAUCUGUACUCUCAUUUUUGUAAUUACUGUCAUUAUUAUUACACAAACCCUUGGAACAGAAAAAAUCAACCACUUUAAAUAAACUCUCUGAAUUUUGA